UGUGUGUGUGUGUGUGUGUGUGUGUGUGUGUGGGUGGGGGGUGCUGCUGUUUAUGUGUGGUUUUUGAGUCUGUUGAGCAGCAGCAGCAGCAGGAGGAGGACGUGAAAACUUCACUGCGUCCAGCGGGAGAAAUUUUCAUCCUGAAAGCUUUCGGCGUCCGUCGGAGCCCAAUCAGCUUGGCAGCUUUCUAGUCCAGCUUUGUCCGUCAGGGAGAAGGACCGGUCCGGUUCUCAUCGCUGGAAUCAUUUCCGGCGUCCACCAUGGAUGAUUUAGAUGCUUUGUUGGCCGACCUUGAGUCCACAACAUCCCACAUUUCUAAAUGCCCACUCUUCCUGUCUGACGAGGCCGCGUACUCCUUCCCUGUUGGGGAUCAGAACUACCAACAAGACAUCUGCUCGCCAUCUCAAGUGCCGCCAGAGAGAAGUCUGAAUGGAGUAGAUGAAUCAGAGUCCUUCAGCUCAGCUCUGAAAAGUCCCUGGUCUGGAGAAAGCACCAGUCCAAACCAACACGUUGGCGGAGAGGACCACGUUUACAGGUAA